AUGGGUCGAAUGAACGUUUCGAUGAUGCGAUACCUGGAAGGUGAUCACUUCCGGGUACUGAUCGCCGUCGAGAUGGGCAUGAAGAAUCACGAGGUCGUUCCGUUGGCUCUUGUGUCAGCAAUUGCUGGAAUUCAUAGAGGAGGUGUCGCCAGGACGCUUAAUGACUUGUGCAAGCACUCGUUGGUCGCUUUUGAGAGAAGCAAGAAAUUUGAUGGCUACCGUCUCACAAUCCGUGGCUACGACUACCUCGCCCUUCGAGCCCUGUGCUCCCGUGAAGUCGUCGGAAGUGUCGGAAAUCAAAUCGGAAUCGGAAAAGAGUCGGAUGUGUACGUCGGUGGUGACCCGGAGCUCAACGAUCUUUGUCUGAAAUUCCAUAGAUUGGGUCGCACGUCGUUCAGGAAAAUCAAAGAGAAACGUGAUUAUCACAAGAAGAGAAAGAGCGCCUCGUGGCUUUAUUUGAGUCGUCUGGCCGCUGCGAAGGAAUUUGCUUUUUUGAAAGCUCUUCAAGAGCGGGGAUUUCCUGUACCAAAAGCUGUGGAUGUAUGUCGACAUUUAGUCGUUAUGCAGUUAGUUGUUGGUCAAACUCUCUGCAAUGUGACCCACGUGGAAGACGCUGGCGCCCUCUACGACAGACUUAUGGCUCUUAUCGUGAAAAUGGCUCGGCACGGAGUUAUUCAUGGAGAUUUCAAUGAAUUCAACCUAAUUAUGCUGGAAGACGAGCGAAUUGUGAUGAUUGAUUUUCCACAAAUGGUAUCAAUUGAUCAUCCGAAUGCGGAAUAUUAUUUCGAUCGAGAUGUCACAUGUGUUCGGACGUUUUUUAAACGAAAAUUCGACUAUGAAAGCGAGGAUUGGCCGAAAUUUGAUGAAGUUGAACGGAAAGGGAAUAUGGAUGUACUGCUCGAAGCGUCGGGAUUCACCAAGAAAAUGGCGUUGGAUUUGAAUAAAGCGUACGAUGAAGGCGAUUUUUUGGCACAUUGUGAGCAGGAAUUGAGGAAUCGGCAGGAGGAGGAUUUGGGGGAAGAUGAAGAUGAUUCCGAUGACUCUAAAUCUAUGGAAGACAUUCAGGAAGAGCCUGAGGAUCUCGAAAAAGACCACGAAGAGCUCCAGGCUCAGGAGAACACCGUCAAACAGCAGAAAAUCGUGCUCUCCCAGACGACACGCUUCACAGAUUGGCUCUCAGACGCCACAAAUCAACUGGAAGCCGUGGAUCUUGAUGCUCUGAAAUCGGAGGAAGGUUAUAAGGAUAUUGAGUUGCCGCCGGAGGAUUUUAAGCGUCCAGCCGAUUCUGAAAAUGACGAUGAAAAUGAUGAAGAUGAGGAGGAGGGGGAGGAAGAGGACGCGGAUGGCCACGUGGCAGUUGAGGAGCAGGUGGCAAAAGUUGUGAAAAAGAAGAGAGUGCCAAGUGGAGCCAGAAGUGUUGCCAGUAGUGCUGCCACGUUUACGGCUGAAGAUGUUAAGAGGCGACUGGCUUUGGAUAGAAAGAGGAAUAAGGAAAAGAUUCGACUGAAGGUCAAAGGAAAGCAAAGCGCAGUGGGCCGUAACCGAAAAGACAAUAAAGAUGUGAUUGCCGAGUACGCUGGAUGGAUUUGAUGAUUUAAUAAUUGUUCUCGUUUUUCCCGGAAAAUUCGUUUUUUCUAUUCUUUUUCACCUGUUAUUAUUACCAUUGUUAUAUGUUUUUUGUUCUGUUAACUUCUCCCCUUCAAUAUAAACGAAAUGAUGCGUUUUUUUUCGAUUAAAAUGCAACAUUUAUCGUUGACACGUUCGUAACUUUCAUCGUCGCGCCGUCUAUUUCAAC